AUGUUAAGCUCCGUGCGUGCAGAUAAGCAAGUUAUAAACGGUUAUCCUAACGCUAAUGCGUCGUCUGAUAAAAAUGUAACUAUAACACAAAGAAUUUUGCUUUAUAAAGGCGAAGAAUCUGAUAAAGAAAUAAAUUUGGACUUUUCUGGUGAAGAAGUUGUGCAAUCAUCUAUAUCUUUUGGGGUUAAAGUUAGAGUAGAAGUUAGAGUAGAAGUUGAAGUUAGAGUAGAGGUUAGAGUAGAGGUUAGAGUAGAAGUUGAAGUUAGAGUAGAAGUUAGUGUAGAG